CUUCCAGAGAGUAUCUGAAUGGACAAAAAAAUUCCAUCCAUCUAGUGCAAGAUGAGUCGUCGUUAUUUUUCUCUGUUUUCCCCAGAAGAGAAAGACUGUCAUUUUUUAGUGUAUAUCUGCUCAACGUGAAUUCUGUCAACAUUUGUGAGAGCAGUUGGAUAGAGAUGACCUCAAAGCAAACGCACAUGGUCUAAAUGAAACAAAACUCUAAAUUUGAAUAAAUAAGGUGUUUUAAAUUUUUUUACAUACUGUUGCACUAUAUCUAUGCACUAUAUCAAUUCAAUAGACGUUUUUGUGUCUAUGAGCCCUUACAGAAGUUUAACCUGGCACGACCUUCUGUUCUGUGCCAGCUUGGAAAAUAAACCUUUGUCUUUACAACAUAAUAGCAUGUAACAUUUUCAGUGGGAGAUUAUCUAACAAUCACGCACACUUACUCUCUGAGUGACAUGCUGUGAUCUGUGACCUCUCUUAUGGAUUUUGUACUUUGGACACCAAGAAUCCUUCACAUAUUUACAGACGACUGAGAGGAACGCAGCAGUGCGUGCGGACUAAAUUCAUCAUGUUUCAUCUACAGAAUAUCGUUGCCUUCAUAAUAAUCUCUGCCUCUAUUUGUCAGGCUCAAGCCGGUGGUCAACAGGCAUCUUCAGAUACAGCUAAAGUCACAUUACAGCCGUGGCUGGUGGGACUCACAGCAGUUGUUGUUUUUCUCUUUAUUGUCUUCGUCCUCCUCAUCGUGCAAAGACUCUUUUUCAAGAAAGACAAAGAUGAGCUAGAAGAAAGGCAUUCAUUUUAUGAAAACAAAGCAGCUGAUCUGGAGGCAAAUGAGGAGACCAAGCAGACCACUUUCUAAUGAGAAGAACAGAUGAUCACAGUCCUGCAGCACACAACUCUUUCUCUCUCUGGAAAUUAUGCCACAACUUUGUGCAGAGUAAUUAUAAUACUAUCUUAUGUAAUAUAUAUUUUUAACGUUAAUUUUGGUCUUUUUGUUUUAGUCUUCAUAAGUGUUGUUCCUCACAUCAUCCACUAGAUGGAGCAGACUUCACCUAGUCACAGCUUUAAACUAAAGUUAAAAUAAAAAAAGGUUCAAAUA